AUGGUAUACAUCUCCCGGUGGGAAGAUUUUGAGACGGCCGCUAUCGAGUUGUACAAAAAGUCGCCUACAAAAGCUCGGUAUUGCGUCAAAUUCAGACCAAAGGAUGGGGAGCUCGUGCUCAAGGUGACUGACGAUUUCAAGUGCCUCAAAUUCAAGACCCGUUCGAGCAUCAUCCUCAACCGGUUCGAAGCCCUCAACCUCCGUCUACUCCUCUCCAUGUCCGCCCGACCUCUCCCUGCCCCAGCUUCAUCAACAACGACAGCUACAACGAAAGUACCAUCAGGUGUGGAUUCGGCAGCAGGAACGGGAGAGAAGUCUGUUGGUGCCGGGGAGGCUGGGGGGGAUGUGGUCAUGAAGGACGCAACGGGGGAGACGGCGGGAGCGGGUGCGAGUACAGGUGGAAAGACGGGCGGUGGGAAGAAGAAGAAGAAGGGCAAGAAGUAG